AUGCUCAAAGAAUUGUGCUUUUUAGGGCGAAAUUUAUGCGAAGAACAAAAACACUUCAAAUGUUUAACAACACUGAACUGCGUUUUAUUAGACUGGGUUAACGAUGGUAACGAUGACUGCGGUGAUAAUUCGGAUGAAGAUCCGUGUUCUACAGGACCGACUACGUGUGAAGAAAAAAACAAAACUAUGGCUGUCGAUCAUCCUCUUUCGUUCAUCACAGUGCAUUAUAAUCACAAGCAUGAUGGAAAAUGUAUUCAUGGUGAAUUUCAAUGCUUGAAUGGCGAAGAAUGUAUACCUGUCUACAUGGUUUUUGAUGGGGUCGAGCAGUGCUCAGAUGGAAGCGACGAAAAUUACUGCAAGCUACCAGAAAUUUCAAACUGUGUAGAAAUAAAUCGUCCGUGCAGCUUUAAUCCAACAAUUGCUGCAUUUACCUUACCACAAUACGCCUUUGACUGUGCAGACUUACAGAUGCAGUAUCCGAGAAUUCCAUCUGGUAAAUAUACUGUUUAUGACUGUACCUGUCCAGAACCAAAAUUAUGCAAAACCACCGUUAUAUGUGAUAUGGAAACUUUGGGAGGAGGUUGGACGAAGGUUAUGGAUUUGAGUGUACAAGGUGUACUGGGCAGCAACAAUACAAUACUGUCGUUUCGGAAAUGCGCUGUUUUCCGCGAAAUGAAUCACAAGAUGUUACAGGUUUUAAUGCAACGCCUCAAUUCCACAAUUCCAUUUGAUCAAACAAGAGACAGCUAUGAGAAGGGAUUCUGGAUUAAUGAGGAUAAUUUUUGGAUUGGGUUAGAACAGAUGGCCACGUUAACAAACCGAUGUUUAAAUGAAUUCCUUGUGAAAGUUAGAAGCUCCGUGAACAAUAAAAUUAUCAUCACUCGAUACUCUGAAGUAGUUGUUUGCAACAAAGCCACCGGCUAUCGCCUCAAUCUUGGAACAUUAAUUUAUACCAACCAACUGAUUACAUAUGACGAACUUAAUGGUAGCAGAAUGAAGCCAUUCGCAUUAGGUAGCGAAUUAAAUUGUACCAUCAAAGAAUGGGGCUGGUGGACAUCGACAUGUGAUCUCCGAGGUGUUCUAACCAGUUUGAAUACUGCCCGUGAUGACUAUAGCGGAAUGAUUUGGCAUGGUCAACGAAUUUCAGCAGUUCAGAUGCUUAUUCGUAACAAAGCUUAUAUACCUCCGCUUAAAUCAGUUGUUUAUUUCUAUUAA